UUGGUGGCGGCCGGAGACCUCUUUCGAUCCGACACGGGAAGAGCGCACGCACACAUACACACAUACACCCACCCGCACGUAUCUCGUCCACACACACACACACUUACACCCGCACACCGUCGCACAUACGAGCACACACACACCCGCACACACAAACAUUGGAAAGCCGCCGCGCAGCGUAUUGUUCCGUUGUUCCGGUGUCUCACGGCGAUAGUUCCGUUGUUGCCGAAGAAGGGCGCGUCCGCGGGACACAGAGCCAGCUAGUCGGCACAGUCUAUCCGUUCCGGGGAUCCGGCGCGAACGGACACACGGACCUUUGCCAGCCUUUUGCGUGUGCGGUGGGGUUCGUGGGGCAAAAUCAGUGUCUAUUUAUGGGAUUUUUAAAAGGAAAAUUUGGAUGACUUUACUGGAAACUUUCGGACCGAUUGAGACGCUUCCAAAAUGUGAGCUUAGUGUUUAUUUUUUCGAACGCAUUUUCGCGCAGUAAACGUAGUCCAGAAAGAAACGUAGCUUUUGUACGACAACCGCCUAGCAAAACAGAAAACAGGAAACAGUAGCUCCGUAGAAAAGAGUGUGUAGUGUGAACUAGUUGUGUGAUCGAAUGAAACGACUUCUAAUGGUGACAAUAAUUUAGUAACAACAGAAAUCCCAGCCAGUCAAGUCAACUAAACCGUGCGCAGAGAACCAGAACCACGUGAUUCCAGAGAGAACGAAGCCCAACCAAAUCCACCAAAUGCCACACAAGCGCGUUGAUGUCUUCCGGUGUUCCGAGCAAAAUUCUAAAGACUUCCUACCGCUGUCUACGAUCCACCACUACCAUCACUACCACCGAAGGCUACCCUCGGCCGAUCAUCUGAUAUCGCUGCGCCGCUCUAACUCCCAUCUGCCGUCGUCCCUAUACGUACAAUAAUCUCUGGAGAUGGCGAAGGUCUCGGCUACCUCCCACCAAGAUCCUACCAUAAUCGACAUGAUGGAGAUCAGCAAGAAGCGUCCACCGAAGCUCAAGUCCGCCGAUCGCACCGUGUCCGUCCGCAUCGACAACUACUCGCCGAGGGCCGCAGGCGGUGGCAACAGUCCAAUCAUGCUGGACAACAGCCUUAUCGUGCACCACAGUCCCAUCGAGCGGCUGUCCCCGGUCUCGCACGCCAAGCAGCACCAACAAGAUCCGAAGGUGUUCUUCGUGAACGAGUCCUCACCGACGUCCCUCAAGGUCGAGGACUACAGUGCGGGUCAGCGGAAGCCCCUGCGGAGAUCCGAUACCCUGCACGUGUACUCACCGUCGAUGCAUCAGCUGCGGAAAGCCACAUCGUUCCACUCGAGAACCAACAGUGGCGGCUCGAACCCGGACGAGAUUGUGGCCGCACCCAUAAUCCGGCACAGCAGCGUUCGGCACUCGCACAUCUACCCGCGCGAGUACCUGGUCAAGCAGGACAGUGGUGGCGGAACGAGCAGCGGUGGUGGUGAGGAGGAAGAAGAGAUACGCCCAGCUCCGGCAUUUGUCCAUUCGCCAAACACGAGCGGGAAUCGCCGUAACUGUCACAUGCAUCGGUCGUUCAACGAUCAGCAAAAGCAACGCAACGCCGCCUUUCAGCGAAGGGAUUCCGCAAAGUUCCACUCGCUGGGAGACGACAUGCCAGCGGAAGUGAUCGAGCGGAGCCCACGAGAAGGUAAAAAGUUCAGCUCGGCCAACGCGAGUCUCGAGAACGAAGUGUACCGAUCACGCAGCAACAGUAGAUCGGAGAAGAAAGCCGAAUCGUUCUCGGACUUUGUGAAUCGACAAAACAGCAAAAAGUAUAACCAGAAGAACAGCACCACUAGUCUGGAUCAAGCGUUGCCGUACAUUGGAGGCAGCGGCCCGGGUAGCUUUCGCCGGUCACUUAUACAACAUUCUAACGCACAUCUGCUCAGCCCUAACCCUCCCUUCACCGAUGAGUUCCAACCCCAGAAGUCACCCAUCUUUGAUCAGAAGAAGUCGUACAGCUUGCGGUACAAAAAUGGCCGCGAUGCGCGCGAGACGUUCAAGGCGAAAAAGUCGAAAAGCUUCAUGAUCGACCUGGAACCUCCACCGGCCAUCAUCAGCGGUUCCAGCAGUCCCUAUCGCAAGGAAAGCGUUGCGUUCACCGCCGAAGAGGUGGACAAGAUCUACAAGGCCUCACGUAAGCUUUCGCCCAAUCUGAUACUGGACGACAUCGGCCGGGAGAUUUCGCCCGUCCCGAUGGACAUCAUGGACAUCAACUACGGUGUCAUCAUGAAGACCUACCAGAUGAAUCGACAAAAGUCGAUGCGCAAGAGCCGGCGGAAAGGCACCGACGACAAGGCGAAGCUGGAGUUUGACGAAGACUCCGAGUCCAACCGGAAGCGCAAACGGAUAGCAUGCAUCGUGAUGACCGUGUUCAUAGCCUUAGCGAUAUUCAGCAUCCUCGCGGUCAUCGUCACCUUGACGCACACCAGCGCUGGUCCGUCGCAGACGAAACCGACGUACACGUUCGCCCGGGAUACGCCCAUCCACGCGAUACCGACGUACCAGAUCUCGAAAGAUUCGCCAAAACACUACAACGGCAUCAAUUGAUGCGGAAGCAAUCGUAGCAACCGGUGGCUGCAGUCGACAUGCCCGCCGGAAGCGCUGUGGGUCGCAGCAGGCUGCGGCAACCCGGCGGCCAUCCUCUUCGACGAGCUGUUUAGUUAGCGAUUACUCACGCCAGUAGUUGCAGUAGUAGGCGGUGCGCGGCGAACGGAGUGCGAUGUAGACUACGUUGAUUUGAGAUGAUGAACUUGUAAUACACACACAUUACAUACACAAUAUCCAACGAAGUGCCAAGGACGACCCCGGAGCGGCGCUAACGUCGCCUCGCGAGGGCGGCCACUCUUUUUUACUCCAAAACAAACAAAAAAUCAAAAAACAUUUCAAGAAACUUAAAAAACGAACGGACAUACGCAGUGACACACACAGUGACAGUGAACGCAAGUGUUUAUAAGUGUUUUUUCGAUGCGCGCGGACAAGGACGAUUACACAGACGCUAAAACAAACGCAAGAAGACACAAAGCUGGAAAAGAUGGAGAAGAAGAAGCAACACACAUACGAUAUACGUGACCUAGUGUUAACUAAUGUUAAAAUAAUCAGUAUUUUGAACCGGUGAAUAAAAAUAAUCAAUAAAUAACCUACCAGUAAACUAGUACGAUAACGUUAAUCUAAAACCAAGGUGAAGUUACGAUAAACAAGCAUACAGUAAACCGAAAAGGAGAAGUUAAAUAAUAUACCUAGUAACCUAAAACUUAAACAAAGCAAAGAAUAUUAUAAUACUCCUAAACAACUAACAAAAAGGAUUGAAGAAUGGAACUGUGGUCCGAAGCAGAGAAACGAAGCGUUGUUACAAGAAAACUAAAUCAAAGCACAACUAACCAUAGAGAAAGCAACAAAAAAUAACCAAAAUCAAAAACAAAAGUUUCAUACACUCACAAACAAACCAUAUUUAAAGUUAUCGAAUAUAAACUAACAUGAAUGCAGAAGAAGAUACGGAUGCCCACAUUCAACGAAGAAACAACAAAAAAACACUAGUAACUCGAGAAACCUGUGAAAACCUCUGUCUAUCUGUCUGUCUGUACGUCUGUCACACUCUCCGCUCUAUCAAUGUCUGUGUACCAUCUGUGAGUGUGUGUGUGUGUUAUAUUCAAACGAGACUACCACGCACACCCUAUACUGACUGAAGAAGAACAGGAAGACAAACAACAGUUUCAACUCCAACGCGCUUUGAUUCAGUGAACUGCGCGCGUGUAUUAUCAAAAGCGUAUGUGUGCAAUGUGUAUGUGUGACAACAAGUCGAACCGAUGUGAGACACGUCGCUUGGAGGCGUUCCACUUUUUUUUUUCGUUGGUUAGCAUUUGAUGAUCUGCAAAUAGUGAUGGAUUCUGUCCUUUGUCCCCGCGAAGGAUCUCCUCCGGGCAUUCGGCGGCAGCACACUACCUCGGGCGCUGCAGAUAAACGGACGGACCUGAACGAUUCUCCGCCAUCGACGGAAGAGGAAGCUUCACAGUUCGCCAGGAAAACGAACGCCUGAUGCGCGAAUCGCUGGACCGGGCCCGGAUGAUCAAAAACUACACCGACUACCAUCGGAUGAUCGCCGGUGACGAAAUUCCAUAACGAUUUUUGCUCAGUCUCAUCAUCCCUGCC